AUGGCUGCACGGGAGGCCGCCCACGAGCGGGUGUCCACCUUCCUGGUGUCCUCCGACAGGGCCCAGGCCAGCGGCAACGAGAUACGAGAGGCCCUGGAGUCCAGCAACGAUGAGGCCAAGGUGGAGGCCAUGGAGAAGGCCAUCGCCGCCCUGCUGGCGGGGGAGCAGCUGCCAGCCCUGUUCAUCACCAUCGUGCGCUAUGUGCUGCCAUCCGAGAACCACCAAGUCCAGAAGCUCCUCCUCCUCUACCUUGAAACCAUCGAGAAGACGGACGCCAACGGCAAGCUCCUGCCCGAGAUGAUCCUGAUCUGCCAGAACCUGAGGAACAGCCUGCAGCACCCCAACGAAUUCAUACGGGGGGUGACGCUGCGCUUUCUCACCCGCAUCCGCGAGGAGGAGCUGCUGGAGCCCCUGGUGCACUCAGUGCUGGCCAACCUGGAGCACCGGCACUCGUAUGUGCGCAAGAACGCGGUGCUGGCCCUGGAUGCCAUCUGGAAGCUGCCGCGCGGGGAGCUGCUGGCCCCCGACGCGCCCGAGGUGGUGGAGCGCCUGCUGGCGGGCGAGGCGGACCUGUCCACGCGGCGCAACGCCUUCCACCUGUUGGUCAACCACGCGCGCGACCGGGCCGUGGCGUACCUGCUGAGCAACGCGGACCGCGUGGCGGAGUGGGGCGACGUGCUCCAGAUCGCGGCGCUGGACCUGACGCGCCGCGUCUGCGGCGACGACCCCGCCCAGCGCCCCCGCUUCCUCAAGGUGGUCCUGGCCCUGCUCCAGGCGCGCAGCACGGCGGUCGUGUACGAGGCGGCGGUGACGCUGUCGGACAACAACGUGCGCCUGAUCGUGCUGGACCGGCUGGAGGAGCUGGCGGCGCGGCACCCGGAGGUAAUGCGCGAGGCGCUGAUGGGCGUGCUGCGCGCGCUGGCCGCGCCCGACCUGGACGUGCGGCGCAAGGCCCUGGACCUGGCACUGGACCUGGUCACGCUGCGCAGCGUGGAGGAGGUGGUCGGCGUGCUGCGCAAGGAGUACCGCGCGCUGCUGGUCGCGGCGCUGCACGCCUGCGCCGCGCGCUUCCCGGCCGUCGCCGGCGCCGUGCUGGACGGGCUGGCGGACUUCCUGGGCGACGCCAGCGCGGCGGCGGCGCUGGACGUCGCGCACUUCCUGCGCGAGCUGGCGGAGACCAACCCGGAGCUGCGCCCCGCCGCGCUGGACCGCGCGAUCGAGGGCUUCCCGGCCGUGCGCGCGCCGCGCGUGGCCGGCGCGGUGCUCUGGAUCCUGGCCGAGUACUGCACGUCGCGCGAGGACAUCCACCGCGUCAUCCAGCUGGUCAAGGAGUGCGUGGGGCGGCUGCCCCUGGUGCCCGGCGAGGGGGAGGAGGCGGCCGACGGUGGCGGUGAGGAGGGGCGGGACGCCCCCGCCUCCCCCGCCGCGGCCUCGGUGGCGGGGCCCAUCGCGCGCUCACGCCCCGCGGUCCUGGCCGACGGCAGCUACGCGACGCAGACCGCGCUGCCCGGGUCGCCACACGGCGGCGCCCUCGCCGGCGGCCACGCGGCCGCGCCGGGCGUGCCGCACCUGCGCGCCGCGCUGCUGGCCGGCGACGGCUUCCUGGCCGGCAUCCUGGCCGCCAGCCUGACCAAGCUGGUGCUGCGCCUGCGCACGACGCGCGCGCUGCCCGCCCCCGCGCUCAACGCGCUGACCGCGGAGCUGAUGCUGCUGGUGGCCUCGGCCCUGCGCGCGUGCGAAGCCGCGGCCGCCGCCGACGGCGGCGCCGGCGAGGGGCCCGACGCCGACGCGCUGGAGCGCGCGCCCGCGGCGCGCGCGUCCAGGCCCGACGUCGGCUCAUCCAUGAAGACGACCGAGGGGUUAGCCACCAGCUCCACCGCCAGGGUGAGGCGCUUGCGCUGCUCCACCGACAGCCCCGACACACCGGGGGAGCCGACAAAGGCGCCGCGCAGGCGGUCCAGCUCCACCAGGGUCAUGACCUCCUCCACGAAUGCCUCGCGCGUGGCGGCGUCCACCGUCGUGGGCAGGCGCAGGCGCGCGCUGAACUGGCAGGCCUCGUGCACGGUGGCCUGCGGGAUGUGGAUGUCGGUCUGCUCCACGUACCCCAUCACCCGCGCAAAGGUGCGGUCCUGCUUGGGGUGCCCGUUCACGCGGAUGUCGCCCGUAAUCACGCCCUCCGUCUUGCGCCCCGCCAGCACGUCCAUCAGCGUCGUCUUGCCCGCGCCCGACGCGCCCAUCAGCGCCGUCAGCACGUGGGGGCGGAAGGCGCCGUUGAUGUUCUUCAGCAGGCGCAGCUGGCCGGCGUGCGGGCCCUCGCCCCCCGUGUCGGCCUUGCCCCGGUCGAGGUCCUUUGGCAGGGGGACCGAGUAG